UUGCCUAUCAGGUUAGUUUUCUUGGAGAUCAAGGCUCCACGUUUGAGAAGAGGCUUAGGGUUCUUAUGUUCGCUCAAGCGUCUCCUCAGCAUUUGGUAUCGGUCGUGCGCGGUCGCAUUCCUCCAUCGAUCCAGCGCGGCGCUAGGUUGCGCCGGUGGUUUCGUCGAUCGAUCGCCUCGCCACACUCUUGCUCGGUGGAUGUUUGGGAGCAGCAUGCGACAAGGCGACGCAUACGAAUGCGGCCACAGGGAUCGCAGCUGGAGGACCGCCAAGAACAGGGAGCACGGAUAGCAGGAGGCGUCGCUGGGAUUCUAAGCUGAGAUCGCGAUCCACUCCACCGCCGAAAUAUUUCCGUCCAGGACAGAUCUUUUUCUCUCCUUCUCCUCUCGCGCUUUGAUCCAUGGCGAUCAGCAAGCCGUCCCUGAUAACGAUUCCAGCGCUCGUUCCCAGCACAGCGCUCACCGCCUUACUCCUCUCUCCCAAGAAGCGGCCCACGAAGCGAUUCUUUAGCCGGGCAACCUACAUUGUGAGCCUUUGGGGGAUUCUCAUCGCAGGCUUUGGCGUCUUGAGCAUGUUCGUGUUCUUGAGCCGAUGGCAUCCCGGCGACGAGAAUUGCAACAACAAAGCCACCUCCACCUCCAGCUUCUUCGACAACGGCGGCAAGGAUGCCUUGGAUCGCCAUCGCGAUGAUCUAGCGCCAUCUACAUCGAAGAAUUUCGUGCUUGGGAAUCUCACGAACGAAGAGAGGGACUUUUGGCAGCAGCCAGACGAUCAGGGCUACAAGCCGUGCUUGAAAUUCAGCGAUCGCUACGGACUGGAUUCGUCCCGCAUCCUUUCGGACAGGAGGAACUAUCUGGUUGUCGUCGUCUCGGGAGGAUUGAACCAGCAACGCAACCAGAUAGUUGAUGCCGUGGUCAUCGCGCGUAUCCUCGGCGCUGCUCUCGUGGUUCCGAUCAUGCAAGUCAAUGUUAUAUGGGGCGAUGAUAGUGAAUUUUCUGACAUCUUCGAUUUCGAGCAUUUCAAGACGAGCUUGCAAGCCGACGUGAGGAUCGUAACUUCGCUGCCCUCGACUCAUAUCGGAACGCGACCAGCCGAGGAGAAGCGGACGCCUUUGAACGCUAGCCCGGAAUGGUUCAAGCAACACUACUCAAAACGACUUAGGAGAGAUGGCAUUCUCUUACUACGAGGCCUCGACUCGCGGUUGUCCAAAGAUCUACCAGCAGACCUCCAGAAGCUUCGUUGCAAAGUAGCGUUCCACGCCCUUCGAUUUGCAGCUCCGAUACAGGCACUUGGCGAUCAAAUCACUCAACGAAUGUGGAGUCAAGGUCCUUACUUGGCCCUCCACUUGCGUCUAGAAAAAGACGUGUGGGUUAGAACAGGCUGUCUUCCAGGCCUGGGGCCCGAGCAUGACGAAGAAAUUCGGACCGAGCGACGCCUCAAUCCGAAACUCCUCACUGGACGAACCAACAUGACCCAAGAAGAACGUCAACUUGCUGGACUUUGUCCGCUCACGGCAAAAGAAGUAGCAAGGUUGCUUCGAGGACUUGGAGCCACGUCCUGGACCCGGAUUUACUGGGCUGGGGGGGAACCAUUUGGAGGAUCACGAGCUUUGCAGCAACUCAAGCAGGAAUUCCCAAACUUGGUCAACAAGCACGACAUUGCAACUCCUCAAGAGCUGGAGGCCUUUCGCAGCAAGGCGUCCAGGCUCGCAGCAAUUGACUACGUCGUCUCUUUAAACAGCGACGUGUUCAUGCCAUCUCAUGGAGGAAACAUGGGUCACGCUCUCAAGGGACAUAGAGCUUACACAGGCCAUCGGAAGCAUAUAACCCCUAACAAGAGAGAAAUGCUACCUUUCUUCCUCAAUUCGAGCCUUCCCCAGAGAGACUUCAACGCUGCCAUCCGGGAAUUACACCGAGAAUCGGUUGGCCAGCCUGCCAUGUGGAUGGAGAAAAAAGGGCGGGACGUAUUGGGCUACCCAGUGGCUGAAUGUAUGUGCAAAACUAAUCAUCCCAGUUGAUUGAUAGCUGCAUCAUAGGUUGUAGAAUUUGAUCAUUCUUUCAGAACGUUUGUUCUGUUAUACUAAUGAUAUGGUUAAAUACAAUUUUAUAUCUGACUAG